AUGAAGUCAAGACGCGUUCGUUGCAUGAAGUUCUUUAUUACUUUGUUCAAUAUCAUUUGCAUUCUGUUCGGUUUGAUUCUGAUGGCAAUAUGUGUGAUAAACAUGAGGGAUAAGAAGUCACAGCCAGAGCAGCAGUCAGCUCUGUCUCGAGGAGUGCUGUCUUUCCUCCUGACUCUUGGAAUAGCGCUGGUGGUGACUGCGAUUCUGGGCUGUGUGGGUGCCUUGAGGGAACAUGUACGGAUCCUUUAUGUGGCAAACGAUCAGACAGAUUACCUGGUGCAUGCAGGUUUCUUCAUAUUCCUAGUGGCUGUAGAGCUGGUGGUGGGUGUGGGUGGGGCAGUGCUCAGUGCCUGGAUGGGGGGCAGCAGUGAGCUGCGGGUGCAGUUCUACAGGAACACCACCAUCGAAGAUGAGACUGCGAAGUACCACGCGUUCUGGGAUGACCUGCAGUCUGAUAACCAGUGCUGCGGUGUCGAUGGUCCACAAGACUACGCCAUCAUCCAUCGUGAUAUUCCAGCCUCGUGCUGCGCCCGCGCACAUCCCCUACGCGAGGGCGGCGCCCGGCGUCAUUUGCACGCGAGCUGUCUCAGCGACCGGUCGUAUUACAUGCGCGGCUGCGAGGAAGUGUUACGACAGAAAAAAGCUUUUAAAGGAAAUAUCUUCAUCUCAACGGGCAUUAUAUUCACAUUGGUAGAGAUUUUGUGCAUCGUUUUAGCUCUGUGGAUGGCUCGCACGAUACGUUCGGAAAGGCGUAAGCUCCAGGCUAAUUUACAAGCCCAUUUUGAAUCUUAA